AUAAUAAUCCACUUACUUUUACUGUCCGGUUCCGGUUCUCAUCACCUACCUACUUUCCUCCUUUCCGUUACGUCUUAUAUUUCUGCUUCCACUCCAAAACCACUCUGGCUAUGUACAAAUUGUUUAUGUUCGAUAGAAGCAAAACAAUUUACAAACCUUAAAUUCCCCAAAUCUUUCAAACCCUUGGAACUCUUGUUGAUGGAAAGUCGGGAAUAUUCACAAGUAAAUGCGGAAGAGGCAAACGACGACGCAGCAGCGGAUUCGUUAUUCCAGAAGCGACGCUGCUGUUUCUGCUUCUCAUGGCGUUCCAACCGGUCUUCAACUUCGGCCGUCGGAUUAAACUGGUGGCAAAGGGCCCGGUCCCUUGAGAUUAAUCCAAGCCCCGAGAAUUCAUUCUGGGCCCGGGGGAUCAGCGCUCUUAAGAAAAUCCGGGAGUGGUCGGAGAUAGCUGCCGGUCCGAGGUGGAAGACUUUUAUCCGGCGGUUCAGCCGGACAGGGCGGCGGAGGAAUAAUAAUAAUAACUUUGGCUGUAAUUACCAAUAUGACCCUCUGAGUUACUCCUUGAACUUCGACGAAGGGACGGGGCAAAAUGGUGAUUUCGAUGACGGAGAAGAGGAUUAUUAUGGCCUGAGGAAUUUCUCGGUUAGGUACGCGACGGUUAAUCCGGCGUCGGCUAAGGCCUCCAUGGACCUCGACAAAGACGGGCCCAAUUUCGUUUAACGUGCGCUGGAAUUGCUAUUGUGCGCACGAGGUGUUUACAGCUCAGGAUGAUUAUUUUGGUGUGCGUCUUAUAAAUGAUUUUUUUGGGUAAUUAUUAGUGAUUAUGGUAAAUUAAUUUAUGUGUUUUUGGUUUAGUGUAGAUAGGGUUUGUUUCCUGUUUUUGUUUCUUUUUUUUUUUGGUUAAUUAAUUUGAUUUGUUUUGUGACUUUUGAAGGUAUAAUUGGAAGGUGGUUGGCGUGUACAAAUAAUGAAAGUGAAGUCCUAAAUGAUGCGUGAUGUUUUUGAAUAAAAUUUCCUCUUUUUUUGGGUUUAAA